CACACGCCAUGCCCGCCGACCUGCUCAACGCCGGCACCGUGCGCCUCACGCACGGCGCCGCAUCCGCCGACAUCCUCCUCUUCGGCGCCACCGUGCUCAGCGCCGUCGUCGGCGCCGACAAGCGCGAACUGCUCUUCCUCUCGCGCGCCAGUGCCCUCGACGGCUCGGCCGCCGUGCGCGGCGGCAUCCCCGUCGUCUUUCCGCUCUUUGGCGAGCUCGCAGACGUGCCCGAGGGCGCGGUGGGGCGCGACGACGUCAAGGACGCAGGGCGCCACGGCUUCGCUCGCACGCAGACCUGGACGCUCGAGCGCAGCGACGACAGCGACAGCAGCGCCAGCGUCACGCUCGUGCUCGACACACAGAAGCGCGACGACGUGCUCAAGCGCUACCCGUUCCCGUGCCUGCUGCGCUACACCGUCACCCUCGCGGCCGACUCGCUGUCGUGCAAGCUGGCCGUGCAGAACACCGGCUCAAAGACGAUGCACUUCCACGCCCUGCUGCACAACUACCUCAACGUGCCCGUGGCCGGCGCGCAGAUCAGCGGACUCAACAGCUCGUUCCGCGACAAGGUUUCCGGGCGGGAAGAGGCAGCUGCCUCGGGCAGCGCUCCUCUCACCAUGGACGGCGCCGAGACGGACCGCGUGUACGCCGACCGCGACACCGUCGAGGCGCGCAGUGCCGCCGGUCGUGGUGUCAAGCUGUCGCGCAGUGCCGACGGCUUCGCACAGACGGUGCUUUGGAACCCAGGAGAGAAGGGCGCAGGCAUGAAGGACAUGCACAAGGAGGGCGAGACCGAGUUUGUCUGCGUCGAGCCGGGCUACGUGGCCGAGCUCAAGGCGCUGGCCGCUGGCGAGGAGUGGGUCGCAGAACAGACGCUCUCCCCUCUGUAGACCGGAACUGCAAAAGGUGGAAUAGCAAUGCAUGCGAUUAGUGCGCCCCCGGCGUCUUCGUGUCCGCCAUGGCGUCAAGU